UAUUCAUCAACAAGAAAAUGGGUAAACUGUAAUAUAUCCAUACAAGGCAACACAACUCAGCAUUAAAAAGGAUCCAACUACUGAUACACUCAGCAACAUGGAUGAAUCUCAAAAUCAUGACCUGCAGAGACGGUGGCGAUGCUUUUGGGCACCCAGGCAGCGGCUGCAGAAUGCGAGGAUGGAGAACUGCGGUGCCGUGUGGCUGUGGAGGAGCUGAGCCCCGGUGGGCAGGCGCGAAGGCGCCAGUCCCUACGCACCGCGGAGCUGAGCCUGGGUCGUAACGAGCGCCGCGAGUUGAUGCUGAGGCUGCAGGCGCCCGGGCCCGCUGGGCGGCCGCGCUGCUUCCCCGUGCGCGCCGCGCGCCUCUUCACCCGCUUCGCUGCCGCCGGGCGCAGCACUCUGCGGUUCCCCGCCGACAGCACUCCCCGGGCCAGCGCGGUCCAGCUGCUGCUCUCGGAUUGCCCUCCAGACCGCCUGCGCCGCUUCCUGCGUACGCUGCGCCUCAAGCUGGCGGCGGCCCCGGGUCCCGGGCCGGCCUCCGCCCGCACGCAGCUGCUUGGCCCGCGGCCCCGCGACUUCGUCGGCAUCAGCCCCGUGCAGCCCGAGGAGUUGCGGCGCGUGGCGGCCACCCGGGUCACAGAUACCACGCCGGUGAAGCGGCCCACGGAACCUCGGGCGGGAGCCAAGCCCAGCACAGUGAGGACAGGAAAACGGGGGUCGCCUUGGGGAACGGGAGAUGGAAGAGACCGAGAAGUCACAAGGUGGCCCCUGCCUGUGAAGAGGCUGAGAUUGCCCCCCACCAAACCAGAGCUUUCCAAGGAACAGGCUGCUGUCCUGAGGGCUGUCCUGAAAGGCCAGAGCAUUUUCUUCACUGGGAGUGCAGGGACAGGGAAGUCUUAUCUGCUGAAACGUAUCCUGGGCUCACUGCCUCCCACGGGCACUGUGGCCACUGCCAGCACUGGGGUGGCAGCCUGCCACAUCGGGGGUACUACCCUCCAUGCCUUUGCAGGCAUUGGCUCAGGCCAGGCUCCCCUGGCCCAGUGUGUGGCCCUGGCCCAGCGGCCCGGUGUGCGGCAGGGUUGGCUGAACUGCCAGCGGCUAGUCAUUGAUGAGAUCUCCAUGGUGGAAGCGGACCUGUUUGACAAGCUGGAGGCCGUGGCCAGAGCUGUCCGGCAGCAGAAUAAGCCAUUCGGAGGGAUCCAGCUCAUUAUCUGUGGGGACUUCCUGCAGCUGCCACCUGUAACCAAGGGAUCCCAGCUCCCGCAGUUCUGCUUCCAGGCCAAGAGCUGGAGGAGGUGUGUCCCAGUGACCCUGGAACUGACUGAGGUGUGGAGGCAAACCGACAAGACCUUCAUCUCUCUGCUGCAAGCUGUGCGGCUGGGCAGGUGCUCAGAUGAAGUCACCCGCCAGCUCCGGGCUACAGCUGCCCACAAGGUGGGGCGAGAUGGGAUUGUGGCCACAAGGCUCUGCACCCACCAGGAUGAUGUGGCCCUUACCAAUGAGAGGCAGCUGCAGGAACUGCCAGGUGAAGUACACAGCUUUGAGGCCAUGGACAGUGACCCUGAGCAAGCCCGGACCCUGGAUGCCCAGUGUCCUGUUAGCCAGCUCCUUCAGCUAAAGCUGGGUGCCCAGGUGAUGCUGGUGAAGAACUUGGCAGUGUCUCGGGGCCUGGUGAAUGGUGCCCGAGGGGUGGUAGUCGGGUUCGAGGCCGAGGGGAGAGGGCUGCCCCAGGUCCGGUUCCUGUGUGGAGUCACCGAGGUCAUCCGUGCUGACCGCUGGACGGUACAGACUACAGGGGGCCAUCUCCUCAGCCGGCAGCAGCUGCCCCUGCAGCUGGCCUGGGCCAUUUCCAUUCACAAGAGCCAGGGCAUGUCCCUGGAUUGUGUGGAGAUGUCUCUGGGCCGUGUGUUUGCCAGCGGCCAGGCCUACGUGGCCCUUUCCCGGGCCCGCAGCCUGCAGGGCCUCCGCGUGUUGGACUUUGACCCCAUGGUGGUUCGCUGUGACCCGCGCGUGCUGAGCUUCUAUGCUACCCUGCGGCAGAAUGGGGCCCUCAGCCUGGAGUCCCCAGAUGAUGAGGAGGGAACCUCAGACCAGGAGAACGUGGACCCGAACCUUUGAUCUGCGAAGAGAAGACAAAGGGUGGUCUCUCCUCCUCUUGCUCGCUAGGGAGCCAGGCCCUGGGGGAUCCCAGGGGGAGGGUGGUCAGUGUCCCUUUCCUCCUUUGUCGGGGGCUCUCAGUCUCCGGCCAGCUUUCCAUCCAUUUGCCAGCUGUGCCUCAGUUUCUCCCUUUGCCCUGGGUGAGCUACUUCCAGGGUGAGGGGUUGGCAAGGGGCCUGCAGUGGUAGCUGGUGAUACAGGACAGAGCUCUCUGCGAGCGGCCGGCCACAGGGCCACACAGCUGUGGGUGCUGCUCCCUGUGAGCUACAGAGAGGAGAGGCGGCAGGUGCUCCAAGAGGAGGAACAGGACGUAGGGGUCCUAGCAGGGGACUCAGGUCCGAAGCAGAGAAGGGAACCUGGGGAGAGUCUUCAUAGCCAGAUCCAGUCCUGCACAAGCCAGGACAAACACUCUCCUGAACCUAACUUGAGAACACGCGCUGCAAAAAUAUGCAUC